ACUCAAAUGUCAGCACUGUUUUACACACUUGAAUAAUGUUCAAACUAUUGUAUAUAGUUUGUUAAAUUGAAUUGAUUAGAAGGGUCCCCGUUGGUCCCCUUUGCAGCUCCUUGACAUUUAAUCAAAUGCGUUAUCGUGAACAAUGGAUUAGCGUGCAAAAGGUCAUCAGCCGAUGGCACAACACCGCGUUCAGCCGAAAGUUUCUGCUCUACACGAAUAUCGGUAUCUCGAUAUCGUUGAGCAUGUUGGGGGACACGCUGGAGCAAUCGUAUGAGCGCUAUAAGGGCGAUAUCGUUGGCUGGGAUCGAACACGCACCCUGCGCAUGGGCAUCUCGGGUCUAACAGUUGGCAUUGUCUGUCACUAUUGGUAUCAGUAUCUCGACUAUAUGUAUCCCAAGCGGACGAUACAUACGGUCAUCCGCAAGAUACUGCUGGAUCAAUUCAUAUGCUCGCCGUUCUACAUCAGUGUAUUCUUCCUUACGAUGGGCAUAUUGGAGCACAAGUCGUGGGAAGAGGUGCAGGAAGAGAUCAAAGAUAAGGCUGUCACGCUGUAUGCAGCCGAAUGGACUGUCUGGCCGGCGGCGCAAUUCAUCAACUUUUUCUUCGUUGCGCCCAGAUAUCGUGUGUUCUACGAUAAUACUGUGAGUCUGGGCUACGAUGUGUUUACCUCGAAAGUGAAGUACAAAAAGAAACAGAAUUCAGACACAGAAACGGAUUAAGAGCCAUAGGAAACGUAUUGUAUUGAAAUUUAUUUAAGCGCUAAAAAAAAAUUGUAAAUUUAUUAAAUUCUUACGUGAGUUACCAAAAGCU